AAUGGACUGGAACCCUCGCCAAUGAGAUCAGCGCAGACUUGGGCUCACCCAGUGAGAGAAACCUGGGAGGCGGGCCUCUCCUUCAAAGGACCGUGUGAGCUGUGGAUGGCUGAUGAGCCGCCAGGGAGAACUUGCAGGAGGAGGAGCAGGAGCAGGAGGGGGUGACGGCUGCAACCCAGUAAUGCUCCCCCGCUGGCCUGCAUGGCUGUGCCUCUUGCUAUGCCUUUGCCCAGCUGCUCGUGGUCUACGCAUCCAAGAGUACCUCUAUUUCCAGGUGCUGAGCCCCGGGGAUAUCCGCUACAUCUUUACCGCCACACCGGCCAAGGAUUUUGGGGGAGCAUUCAAUACAAGAUACGAGCAGAUCUUCCUGGUGCCUGCAGACCCUCCAGAAGCUUGUGGGGUGUUAAACAACGGGGUCUUCAUUGAAGGUCAAAUCGCCCUGGUGGAGCGUGGGGACUGUUCGUUCUUGUCCAAGACCCGCAUCAUCCAAGAGCACGGGGGCCGUGCAGUGAUCAUUGCCGACAAUGCCUACGACAAUGAUAGCUCCUACGUGGAGAUGAUCCAGGACAGCACCAAGCAGACAGCGGACAUCCCUGCCCUCUUCCUGCUCGGGAGAGAUGGAUACAUGAUCAGGCGCUCCUUGGAGCAGCACGGACUUCCUUGGGCUGUCAUCUCCAUCCCUGUGAAUGUUUCCAGCAUCCCGACCUACGAACUCCUGCAGCCUCCAUGGACCUUUUGGUAGCAGUGAACAAAGAUGACGAGGGAUGACCAAUGAACUGGAGCCCAAAACUCUAGAUCCUGUCAUGCAAAUGUACUGGAUCAGCUCUUGGGGGAGGUGGGGAGGAUGCUACAAUCCAGGCAAGCUGAUCUCCUCCAAGUCCCGGAUCCAGAUUUUUGCAUUGUCUUUGGUAGAUUAAAGGUGCCCACAAGGGGAUGUGGCUGCUUACCUUACCUGGCAGUGGCUGGCCAGGAUUCCAGGUGCAGGUCACUCCCAGAGUUUUAACAAGAUGGGUGAACCUGAGACCUUCAGCAUGGGAAGUGUGGGUCCUACCACUUGACUUCAGGACACAUCUUUGUGGAGCUGUAGGCACUGGCUAGACUCCCACAAGCCCAAGAGGGUAUCAGGGCAAAGUAUUUGGAAGGCAAGCUGGUUCCGUCCCUUAAAUAUCUGCUUUAGGGUGAUCAUACUGCCCCAGAAGACUUGUCCGUGAACCAGAGUGGGCGUUUCACCUCCCCACUCCCUUGAUUUAAAAGACACCAGCCCUCUCCUGUUCUUGUCCAGCAGAAUUCUGGCUUGCGAAAAUGGGAUCCUGUUGGCUUUCUCCACAAAGAGCCCCCAACUGCUGUUCCCCAUCCAUAUAGCUGAUACUAACCCCUAAUUAGAAGUAGCUUAAAAAACAAACCCAACCACUCUGGAGUUUCUAGACUUAACAGGCAGGUCUAGGUUUACAGGUUUGCUCAGGGUUUUUUUCUUCCCCUUUAGUUAACCAUGAGGACUAGAAAUUUGGUAAAGAAAGCAAGCUGGCACUCUCAGGCCUACUCAUUCAGCAUCAAGUUAUAGACCCCUCAAGUUGUGUUGGGCAUUACAUAAGAUUAUGCUCCCCACAUCUCCCCAAACUCAGGCUAGCCAUUACACCACGGCCCCUACCAGUGGUGACCUGUUGCUCAGAAAUCCCUGUAGAAACCCCUGUUCCCUUCCUUGGAACAAAGAGGUCAAAAACUGUAGUGUGCAGGCAGAAGGCACAAUCUGUCGGUGGGAUGGAAGUUCUGUUCAAGUUUUUAUGAAAUAAACGAGUUGUUCGGGAGUA